AGAAGCUUACUGCACGAGUUGUUCACUACUAAACCCCUCUUUAAACUGAUAAUUUGUCAUGUCCAGCAUGAACUCAGGAAAAGGAAUCAAAAGAUCGGCUCCGAAAAGCGAAGGUGACAGAUCACGUCAAAGACGCCGAAGAACAGCGUUUACCGACGAACAGUUGGAUCGGCUGGAAGAAUCGUUUGCGAAUGAAAGAUUCCCAGGCAUCAAGAUACGCGAGAAUCUUGCAGGAGAACUUAACAUCGGGGAGGACAGAAUUCAGGUCUGGUUUCAGAACCGUCGAGCUAGAUGGCGUAAACAUGAAAUAAAAAACAAACCCGCUCCAGUUGCCACUGCUUCAGAGAUGCACUUAGACAACCGAGAUUUCAGUGCGCGUACAAUGUUUCAAGCAUCAUCUGCCAUUAUACCACACAGUCCGCUGACCCAAACGUCUUUCACGCCGUGGAGCCCAUUUUAUCAUCCGUUUACAACAAGCGCUUCCUGGUUCCCACCCGGCGGGCUUCUCGGCCUGGAGUAUUCAAACAUGUCCUGUGCUGCUUCUCAAGAUUCUAGCAAGACAUUUGUUCCAAAUCCACGCGGAUAUGUUCCAACACAUCUCUCGUCCAGACCCAUUCCUUCACCUGACAGCAGCGUCACCUCUAAGCCCAAGCUCCAUUCCUCCUCUGACUCGGACAGUGAUGGAGGCCGUCACUCUGUCGAUGAUUACCAAGCCGCUGCUACUUUAGCAUCGUUUUUUCAGCGAGAAAAUUAAAACAAUGAAUUAAAUAAAUAAUUCAAGAUACUG